GCGAUUUGUUGGCUGGGUCUCACUCCGUUGCCAUUUGGUCUUCUGAUCAGCAAAUAGUGGCGAUACAAAACUAUGCGUAGCACAUGUGACGGUCUCCUGCUGCCGCACUUUGCUUCACGACCUUUGCGGCGAUGGAGCUUCAGACCAGGCAGUUUGGAGCCCUCUACGACCUACACAGAAGGUGUUUUGAAUUCCGAACCUUUCGCGUGCAAUCAAGGCACUGCAUUACCUGCUAUUUUCAACAUACCUACUUGUUAUUCUCUGACAACUGCCAUCACAGUUUCGGCCUGCUUGCUGCAGCGGUUGAAGGGGGUGACACGAAGAGCCAACAGAAAGACGGGGGUGAAUACGGGUUCUGAACAAUCUAAAGUUCAUUCUAAGUUGCCUGAGGAGUUUUCCAACUCUGACUUGAGCUCAGCUUUCCAGAGUUCACUUGGACGUCUAUGCACUUUGUCCGAAGCCACAGAGGUGGUCUCGGCGCUGCAGAGCUGGCGAUCAGCUCUGUUAUCAGGCGCAACUUUGGACAAAACUUUGUGGCCUCCUGAACCUCUUGGCAUGAGAGUCCGUGCGGCAAUCAACGAUCUUGAGCUUAGCGCCUUUGUCAUGAAAUGCCCAAAACUCAUAGACACAGUUCUGUUGAACAUUCUUGAACUAGUCGAGCGAAGCAGCGUAGAUGCCAAGUACUCUGAUGAUCCAGACGAAGCUGAUGGAGGCGGACUGCAGCUACCCUUCGGGUUUAAUUUUUCAAGCGAGGAUGCCACUCCUCCUUCUGACACUUCUGAAGAUUCAGGAGAGAUCACUGGCCGUCCAACUGCUGAUACAGCGAGGAAUGCACAAGCUUCAGCCAAUGACCCCAAACAAUUCGCUUCGAUAGAGGACAUGUCAUCCCAGACCCAAGCUGUGCAAGGUCAAGGCGGACACGAGCCUCAAAAGUCCCAAGACCAAAGAGCGCAGGCACAAGUGCAGGACGACGUGGAAAGCCGGCCUGAUGCUACAGAAAAGGAGUUGAAUUCGUCCAGCUCUUCGAAGUCGUCGUUCGUUUCAAGGAGGGAUGGUGCUCCCACAGCAGGUGGAAUUGCUGUUCAGCUUGGUGAAUCAGAUUUGAGAGAUUCUGCAGUGUCAACUCCAAGUUCUUGGGAUCACUAUCAUUUGUAUCAAGAACUCCUUGGGUGCUUGCCGGAGUUGCAGGAUUUGAUUCGGAAAAUGGGGCGCAGAGCAGGCUUGAAAUCUCGACUGCGUUUUGAUUUGGCACAGAGGGAGAAGUCCAAUGCUGGCGAAGGCAUCGUCCGGUCUCCCCGGAUGCCAUCCGAGACGUCUGGGAUUACUCGCUCAGACGGGCAAUGUCAUGUAUUGCUGCCUGGCGAGUUGUCUUUGAUAGCCUAUGCAAAUUCUAAGCGAGCCAACUCGACGGGAGCCAAAGCACUUCAUCGACUUCGCAGAGCUGAGGCGUCACUAUUGAGCUACGAACGUAGUGGCUGGAUGGAGGAAAAAGCAAGGAGUCUCAGCUGGCGGGAGUUUCGUCCUGGUUCGGAACGAGGGCCAUUGAUUUGCUGUGUAGAUACCUCCAGAAGUAUGGCAGGAAAAGAGGAAGCGAUUGCAAAAGCUGCAGUUUUGGAAAUCUUGAGGUUAGCCGAAGAUGAAAAACGUCGUUGUCAUCUCUUUUUCUUUUCUGGAUCGAAUCAGCUGCAAGAACUGGAAGUUCCUCCUGCACCAAUUCCAGCAGCAGCCUGGCAGGGUGUUCUGGACAGGGCGAAAGAACCAGUUUGCAAAUGAUUCUGUACAUGUGUUCAAAAGUGAGUUAUCAGGAUCGCUUCGGAAAAGUAUUUUUGCCUUCUU